CUUUGUUUCUUCCUUUUUAUUUUUACUUUGGAAUUGCGCCUUAAGUCUGUCUAAUUUCCACAUUUACAUGUCACUUUUUGCUGGUUCUAAUAAACUUUUAAGACUUAAUUUACUGCUGUUGUGUCAGGGGUCGGGAAAGCAAAUAAUAUUAACAAAAAAAUAGCAGUGCAUUGGGUUUCUAUAUCCCAGGACUACUAGCCUCAGUCACCCAGAACUUGUUGGAAAUACAAAAUUUGAGGUCUUACUCAGACUUGCUGAAUCAAAUCUGUCUUAACAAGAGUUUCAGUUGCAUAUGGGUGCUAAAGUUUGGGGAUUACUGGUUUAGUGAUUUAAAAAACAGCCAUUGUGGAGUCACAGAAUGGAAUUUGAAUCCAGGUGGAGCCUUUUCUGGGUGUAAGACCUUGGACAAGUUACUUCAAGUUUACUUAAUAAUGCUGGAAGUACUCGGUGUGAACAUACAGGAAAAGUGUUUAACAUCAAUGCAUGAAGGAAACACUCAAAGAUGAGGGAGCCAGGGUUGAGGGAGAAAGAGAAAUAUUCAGGAUUUGAAGCAGCUGCCCUAAAGCCUGGACUCAUUCCACUGUUGAGAAGGGUCAGUGCCACACUUUGGCCUAAACAAAGUGUCACUUUGAUCGGAGAACAGUGCUCCCAAGCCACACCAUAGCUCCUGAUACUGUGGGGUUAGCCACCUGUCUGAAUACCUUCCCAGAUUCCUAAAACUUGACCUCAUUUUCCCAUCACUGGGUUGAUACUUAACCAUGCUGCGAAGGUCCAGAGGAAUUAAUGCUGGACUUAUUCUGCUCCUUUCUCAAAUCUUCCAUGUUGGGAUCAACAACAUUCCACCUGUCACCCUAGCCACUUUAGCUCUCAACAUCUGGCUCUUCCUGACUCCUCUGAAGCCCCUGUACAGCACCUGCAUUAGCGUGGAGAUGUGUUACCAGCACAGGGACUGGCUGCGCCUACUGCUUUCCCCUCUUCACCAUGCAAGUGACUGGCACUUGUACUUCAAUAUGGCGUCCAUGCUGUGGAAAGGAGUAUGCCUGGAAAGGAGACUAGGAAGCAAGUGCUUCGCCUGCAUUGUCACCACAUUCUCCCUACUCACUGGGUUGGUGUACCUCUUACUGGAAUCGGCUCUUGCAGAGUUUACAGGUGAACCUGGCUUCAGAAGGAACUGUGCUGUAGGCUUUUCAGGAGUUUUAUUUGCUUUGAAAGUUCUUAACAACCAUUAUUGCCCUGGAGGCUUUGUCAACAUUUUGGGCUUCGCUGUACCCAACAGAUUUGCUUGCUGGGCAGAACUAGUGGCUAUUCAUUUCACCUCGCCAGGGACUUCCUUCGCUGGGCAUCUGGCCGGCAUCCUUGUUGGACUGAUGUACACUCAUGGGCCUCUGAAGAAAAUUGUGGAAGCAUGUGCAGGCAUUUUUUCCUCUAAUAGUGGUUAUCCAGGACAGCAAUACUACUUUAAUAGUUCAGGCUACUCUGGAUAUCAGAAUUAUUACCCGUAUGGCAGGCCAGGUGACCCUGAAGAAGUACCCAGGAACUAUGACGUGUACACAGCGGGGCUGAGUGAAGAGGAACAGCUGGAAAGAGCCAUAAGAGCCAGCCUCUGGGACCAAGCCUGCCACCAAGUUCAGCUGGCGGCUGGGUACAAAGCUGUGUCCUUUUCAACUUCUCUCUGUCAGCCUGGAGCAUGUGUCCUGGUGAAAGCUGGAAAUGCUUCCUGACAUGUGGAAUAACUUGUGCUUCUUUUCAUAUAUUCUUCUGAAAGGCAAAUGGCCACAGUCACACUUGGCUGUCUUGUGAUAAUCAAGCAGAGUGGUUAUGCCCCCUCCCCACACGUACUGAUUAACCGUAUGUGAAACUAUGGUGGCAUAUACUGCAAAGGUCUUGGCUUCAGAGUAAAACUCAUUGCUUCUUUGUCUUUCCAUCUUUAGGUGUAAAAUUGUCAGGGAAGCCAUUUUGGAAAAAACAUUUGGGUUCAGAAUUAAUAUCUAGUGCUAUUUUUGUUAACAGAUCAUUUGACAGUAUCUUGAAUCCUGUUUAUAAGCAUGUGUUCAUAGGGAUCCAUUGAGAUACAUUUUCAGUUAAAAUGAAAAGAAUUUAUUUUAACUAAGUUGUACAUUUUUCUUGUUACUGAUGCUAAACCAAAGUAUAUAAAUGUUCUGUAUAUAAACACAUCUGUCCUCUCUAUUACUGCAUGGAAAGUUCUGAGAAAAAUUGAAUGAAUUUCAUGUUCUUUUAGUCUUUCAUGGUGUGGUACAAAGAAAAACAGAUGGCAACUUCAGGGGCCUGAAUUUCAGUCCUGGAUAUCAAUUACCUUCACUUAAGGUGUGAAUCACUCAAUCUGAUCAGAUAUCUGUUUAAAUUUUUUUUAUAAUUAGUUGAGUUGGGUACUUUUCAAAACCUCUUCCUUUUCCUUUAUUCUGUGGCAACAGACUGGCAUGUAGCUAGAAAGGGAUAGAGACACAGGGAAAUGUCAGGAGUAUUGGGGAGUGUUUGAUGCAUAGAGCUCAAGGCCUUUGGAUGAAAGAUCAUUUCUGGGAGACAAAUUCACACAGCCACGUAAGGCUGAUCUAACCCGGUAAGUACACGGCUUACAAUGGUGGUAUCUUAUUCAGCUGCAUGAGUAUAUGCAUCUUCACUGGCCCAGAGCAGGCAUAAUGCAGUUGGCAAUUUUUAACAUACGUGUAUGUUCAGGGCUGGUCUGCUUGGCUUUGCAAGAGCACUGCAGGCCAGAAACUACAGCUAAUUCGGCGUGACCACUCACUUUUUUUUUUUUUUUUUAAGUAAUUUGGUGUGUGUUCCCCCAGGAAAACUUCCUAUGUAAUGAAAAAGUACCAUCUGCCAGACUGUCUAAAAACAAUUUCAUUGCCGAACACUUCCUUUGGAUUCCUGGUUCCUACUUGGUACUCUCUCUGUUAGAGAUCCUUGUUUCAGUGAGUAAAAUUUGAUAUUUGAGAGUGCAUCUAGAUGUGAAAUUGUACAUGUAAGGAAAUAUAAGGACAUACUUUUUCAGAUCUGUGAAAUAACAUGUGAAUAUCCCAGCCCGGAAGAAAAAUAAUAAAAUUAGUGGACUAGGUUUUGCUGAGGUUCCCAACAGGCAGGAACAGAUUUCUGUUUAGGAUGCAUAUUUAAAAAUAAUAACUGUAGACCAGCUGUUGCUAAAAUAAUAAAAAUAAGGAUACACAAAACUUAAA